AUGUUUUUCAGUCUCGGACAUUCUACCAUCGUCAUCAUCACGUCGCUCAUCGUUGCAGGAACUGCAGCGGCGGUGUCAGACAAGUUUGACAAUUUCGAGCGUGUCGGUGGCAUCAUCGGCACUUCUGUCUCUGCUGCUUUCUUGUUGCUCCUUGGUCUUAUGAACAUCUACAUUCUGUACAAGCUCAUAGUACAGAUGCGAAAGAUGGUUUCGAGCGACCCUGGUAGUGAGCACGAACAGUUCAAGAUACAGGGCGGCGGUUGCCUCUUCCCGAUAUUGCAGAAGCUCUUCAAGUUGGUCGACCGACCCUGGAAGAUGUAUCCUCUGGGUGUACUUUUCGGGCUAGGUUUCGACACUUCUUCCGAGAUCGCUAUCCUAGGAAUAAGUUCGAUUCAAGCCACAAAGGGGACAUCAAUUUGGCUGAUCUUGAUCUUUCCACUGCUCUUCACAGCAGGCAUGUGCCUUCUCGAUACCACCGAUGGUGCGCUGAUGAUGAGUCUGUACACAAGCACGCAACUUGCGCGCGACCCGAUCGCCAUUUGCUACUACAGCAUUGUGCUAACAGUCAUUACCGUGGUUGUCGCGACCAUCAUCGGGAUAGUGCAGUUCCUCAAUCUGGUGCUCAACGUUGCCGAGCCGCAUGGCAAGUUUUGGGAAGGCGUCGAAAAGCUGGGCGAUGCUUGGGAUAUAGUUGGCGGAGCUAUAUGCGGUACAUUUAUCGUUUUCGGUGGUCUCAGUGUUCUGCUGUACAAGCCUUGGAGACGUCGCAUCGAUAGGAAAAGAGUCAACAAUGCGCACUUUGAGCCAUUACCCCAGGAAAAUGAUGUGCGCGGCUCCGACGAAGAGCACAACCGAGGGAUCGUCCCAUCGAGUACGACACAGACAAAAGCGGUGGAGGUGAACAUCGAGCCAGUAGAAGCCAUAGGCGCUGGUCCUGCACGUUGUUGA